UUGAUUCUUAUCGGUUGCAGAUUUCAAAGCGUCUCUUUAUCUUGUCUGGGUCAAAACUCAUUUGGACCUUUCUGUGUACUGGCCAGUGAAGCAGCACAGGGAGUGGAAAUAGCACUGAUCUGAGAACCUAGUUGUGGGCUCUGCUCCCAGCUCUGCUUCCUGGCGUUUUCUCCCAUCCAUUUCCUCACCAGCACAAGAAACUCUCCCUCAGGUUUUCACAAGGACAUGAGGGGAUACGUGCUAGAGAGAUAUAUCUGCAAAGUAGAUUCAGCUUCUAGUUUCAUUUGUUAUGCAUUGUUUAGCAGAACAGAAUCUGGUAACUGAUGAUAGUUGCAUGAGAAGAUGAAAUAAUUUCCUUCCUCUUUUCUAAGUUUAUCUCCUAAACCUCACUGGAUUCUGGACCAGUUCUGGAAUGACUUUGGAGUACCAAAUGUUUCAGAAUAUACAUCCUGGCAGACUGUGGCUGCUUCAACCACUGACAAUUUUGCUGCUGCUGGCUUCUGAUAGGCGAGCUGCUGCUCUCCCAAAGGCUAUGGUGAAACUCGAGCCCCCGUGGACCCAUGUGCUCCAGGAGGACUACGUGACUCUGAGGUGCCAGGGGGCCCACACCCCUGGGAACAACUCCGCCCAGUGGUUCCACAAUGGGAGCUCCAUCCCCACCCAGGUCCAGGCCAGCUACAGAUUUAAGGCCAAGAGAGAUGACAGCGGGGAGUACAGGUGCCAGACAGGCCAGACCAGCCUCAGCGACCCUGUGCAUCUCGGUGUGCUUUCCGACUGGCUGCUGCUCCAGACUCCUCAUCUGGUGCUCCAGGAGGGGGAAACCAUCAUGCUGAGGUGCCACAGCUGGAAAAACAUACCUCUCUACAAGAUCAAUUUCUACCACAAUGGAAAAUCUAUAAGGUUUUCCCAUUACAAUCACAACUUCUCCAUCCCACAAGCAAACCACAGUCAGAGUGGUAAUUACUACUGCAAAGGCCUUAUAGGAAGGUCAGAGCACUCAUCACAGUCCGUGACCAUCACUGUCUGAGGUCCAGAAAUUCUAUCCAUCUCUCUACCUUGGUACCAAAUCACUUUCUGCCUGGUGAUAGGACUCCUAUUUGCAGUGGACACAGGGCUGUACU